ACUGCUGGGAUUUGGGGCUGAGCAGGACAGGGAUUCCCUGCUGGGCUCUGGGGCUGAGCAGGACAGGGAUUCCCUGCUGGGAUUUGGGGCACAGCAGGACAGGGAUUCCCUGCAGGGAUUUGGGGCACAGCAGGACAGGGAUUCCCUGCUGGGAUUUGGGGCACAGCAGGACAGGGAUUCCAUGCUGGGCUCUGGGGCCCUGCAGGAGCUGCAGGAGCUGCUGGCACAGGCAGAGGGUCUCACUGCCAGCUGGAGCCGUCCUGCUCUGCCCCCAGCCUCCUGCAGGGACCCUGCUCCAUCUCCCCCAGGGCUGCUGAGGAAGGAGGGGGAUCCCAGGGGUCCCAGCUUGGGGAGGGACUGGAGCCCUGAGCUGCAGAGGAGGCUGUGCUGGGAUGGGGCUGUGACCCUGGCCCCGAGGGCUGUGCAGGGAGAGGGGCUGGGGCUGCAUCCCCUGGGUUCUCUGGGAUGGGGAGGUGCUGCAGCUGUGGCUGUGCAGCACAGGGAGGGGCUGAGGGCGAGGGAGCCAAGGACAGGAACAUCCACGGGGAGGGCAGAGCCUGAGGGGUGCAGCAGUGGCACAGACAGGAGCCAGGCUGCCCCAGUGGGGCUGGCACAGGGCAGGGCCAGCAGCCAGCUGGGCCUGGAGCCCCUGGGCAGUGUCCCCAGUGGCCUGGCAGCCACCCAGGGCUCCCUGUCCCAGGCUGGAGGGGCACCAGGGACACGGGGCAGCGAGGACAGCAGCAGUGGGGAUUCCCUCAGUGCCAGUGUCAGGGAGCUCCUGGGGGAGCCUCAGAGCUCCCAGCAGCAGGGCAGUGCCCCAGGGGCAUUGCAGAGCAUCCUGCCCAGAGCUGGGGCUGCCAGGACCCGAGUGGGCAGCACAAUUAGAGCUGCCAGGACCCGGGCAGGCAGUGGCAGCAGUGGGGAUUCCCUCAGUGCUCGUGUCAGGGAACUCCUGGAAGAGCCUCAGAGCUCCCAGCAGCAGGGCAGUGCCUCAUUGGAGAGCAUCCUGCCCAAAGGUGGGGCUGCCAGGACCCAGGUGGGCAGCACAGCUGCCAGGACCUGGGCAGGGAACAGCAGCAGCAGUGGGGAUUCCCUCAGUGCUCGUGUCAGGGAACUCCUGGAAGAGCCUCAGAGCUGCCAGCAGCAGGGCAGUGUCUCAUUGCAGAGCAUCCUGCCCAAAGCUGGGGCUGCCAGGACCUGGGCAGGCAGCAGAGCUGGGGCUGCCAGGACCCAGGUGGGCAGCACAGCUGCCAGGACCUGGGCAGGGAACAGCAGCAGCAGUGGGGAUUCCCUCAGUGCUCGUGUCAGGGAACUCCUGGAGAAGCCUCAGAGCUGCCAGCAGCAGGGCAGUGUCUCAUUGCAGAGCAUCCUGCCCAGAGGUGGGGCUGCCAGGACCUGGGCAGGCAGCAAAGCUGGGGCUGCCAGGACCUGGGCAGGCAGCAGAGCUGGGGCUGCCAGGACCUGGGCAGGAAUCACAGCUGGAGCUGCCAGGACCUGGGCAGGCAGCAGAGCUGGGGCUGCCAGGACCCAGGCAGGCAGUGGCAGCAGCAGCAGCAGCAGCAGCAGCAGCAGUGGGGACCCCCUGGCUGCCCGGGUCAGGGGGCUCCUGGGCACUGCCCCCCCUGGCAUCGACCCCAGGCAGAUGCUGAGGAGUGCAGAGGAGCAGGAGAGGAAGAUCCGAGCCUGGGUGAAGCUGAAGCUGUCCCAGGAGUCUGGGGCAGGCUGGGGUGAGGAGAGCCAGCCCAGGAUGGGGGCAGAGGCAGAGCUGCUGCCCAGGGCCAGGACACCUGCACGGGGCCAGGACCUGUGGCUCUGUGGUCUGGGAGCAGCUCCUGAGUACCUGAGGAAGGAGGAGCAGGAGCAGCAGCUGGAACAACAGCUGGAGCCCUUCCAGGCUGCCAGGGACAGGCACAGGCAGCUCUCCAGGGCUCAGGAGCCCUUCCAGCCCAGCUCCCCAGCAGCAGCACCAGCAUCCCCUGGAGCUGAGCCCUGGGAUUGCUCCCUGCUGCAGGAGCUGCAGCUGGAGCCCUGGAGCAAUGCUGGGCUGCAGGAGAUGAAAUCCUUGAGUGCUGCUGAGCUGCAGGACUUGAAGCUGCACCCCAGAAACAUUGCUGGGCUGCAGCUGGACCCCAGGAACACUUCUGAGCUGCAGCUGGACCCCAAGAACAGUGCUGGGCUGCAGCUGGAGCCCUGGAGCAGUGCUGGGCUGCAGCUGAAACCCUGGAACACUUCUGAGCUGCAGCUGGAACCCAAGAACAGUGCUGAGCUGCAGCUGAAACCCAAGAACAGUGCUGAGCUGCAGGAACUGAAAUCCUUGAGUGCUGCUGAACUGCAGGAGCUGCAGCUGGACCCCAAGAACAGUGCUGAGCUGCAGCUGGAGCCCAGGAGCAGUGCUGGGCUGCAGCUGGACCCCAAGAACAGUGCUGGGCUGCAGCUGGAGCCCAGGAGCAGUGCUGGGCUGCAAGUGUGCCAGCAGCAGCCGUCCCUGGGGCUCCCCAGUGCCAUGGCAGGGCUCAGUGCCCCCCUGCAUGCCCCCCGUGCCCAGGGGGAGCUGGGCAAGCCAAGCUCCUCCAUGUCCCCCCUGGUGCCCCCAGCACCCAGCCCUGGGGAGGCUGCUGGGGAGGGCAGGCUGGGCUCAGAGCCCUGGGCCAGGCUGCAGGGCUGUGCCCCUGGCCCAGGACAGGCCCCUGCUGCCCCUGCCAGGGCUGGAGCUGCCCAGGAGCCAGGGCAAGGACAGAGCCUGAGUGCAGGGCAGCCUGGGUUGGGGUGUGGGGGUACAGAGCAGCCUGGGUUUGGGUCUGGGGGGGUGCAGAACAGCCUGGGUUUGUGA